CAUUCUGUCAUGUACUUUCAGCGAGAACAAAAAUGACACUUUAUCAUCUAAUACACACUGGAGUCAGUGUCAUAGUGAGCUUGGGUUUUUUCGUGUUUUUUUCUAUAUUAAGUAACAAAUUUGGUAUAUAUAAUGGAUCGCUAGCAGCGUCUUACAACAGAUCCUUGUGGCCAAAUAGCUGGAUUGUAAGCGGCAUCCAAGUGGUCCAGUGGGAAAGACACUUUGAAGGUACAGUUACGGCAGAUGCUUUCUCCUUUAUGGUGGUUUAUUUUUAUCGCUCUGGGCUCAUAGAAAGAGAGGAUAUGCAUUCGAACCCCUCAAAUUCCAUUAAAAGUUUGAGUGUCUAUGGUUAUUUGAUGAUAGCUUUGAAUUUGGUACAAUUUAUUUUUUUCCUGACUAUCCAAUUACGUUAUCAACCAGCAAUUUUCCCUGUGAGUACAAGUAACUUUUUCAACCUACUCAUUUGUAUAUUAGGAUUGAAGAGUGGAAUUUUCUUGGUGUACUACUGCCUGCGGUAUAAGCCAAGGAGCGAAGAAGAGCAGGCGCUACUUGGGGGAAAUAAUAAUUGAUCUCAAUUUGUGAAACUCUUAUACUUAUUAUCAGAUAAGUUUCAUAUGAAAGAUCAAGUACUAAUCCAAAACUAUAUCACAUAUCAUGGUCUUUAUUCCUUUAAGUUACCUUCAUUAUACAUAAACAUUGUAUUGUUUUUAAUAAAAACAUGAAAUUAUUAUAGCAA